AUGAGCGCGAUCAGCGAGAUCGAGUUGCCGGAAAUGCCGACGCUCCUGACGCAGGAGGAGAUCGUGAGGAACGCGGUCUACGCCAAAGGCCGCGGCGAGCUCUGCCCCGCGGGCUGCGGCGUCGGCGCCAUCAACCUGCGCAAGCUGCGCGCCCACUGCGACAAGUGCUGCCCCGACCUCGUCUCGAGCGAGGACUGGGCGCCCAACAUCGACAACCCCGAGGCGAUGAAGCGCAUCCUCAACGCCGCCGCCGAGCGCGAGCGGGAGAACUGGGUGACCGUCCUCACGAUCACGUUCCGCGAGCGCGACCCCGCGACCGGCGUUCCGCUGCGGCGGUCCACCAAGGAGGUUGCGGCGCGCAUGGGGCUGCCCAAGGCCCGCGUCGAGCGCCUGCUGCGCACGGCGAUCCGCGCGUGGCCGAUGAAGGUCGACCACGACCCCGUCGAGGUGCUGUACGAGGACCCUGACGUCAUCGCCCUCAAUAAGCCCCCCGGGAUCUCCUCGCUGCCGCGGCACCGGCACGAGGGCGGCGCGCUGAUGAACCGCGUCAUGGGGUACCUCGGCGCCGAGCCGCUGCCCGUGCACCGCCUCGACAUGUUCACCUCCGGGGUCGUCGUCAUGGGCAAGACCCGCGCUGGCGCCGCCGGUCUGACGGAGCAGUUUGCCCACCGCAGCUCGCGCAAGGCCUAUUUGGCGAUCGUGCACGGCGUGCCGGCGUGGCGGGAGACGGAGCUGUCCGCGCCGGUCGGGCGCCACCCGGUCGAGAAGGUAGCGCGGACGACGACGGACGGGAGCGGCGCCGAGGACCGCCCCGCGCAGACGGCCUUCCGCGUGCUGUGCGCCAACGCGGACGCGGACCCGCUGGGCGCCGCGGGCGGCCGCCCCGCGCCGCACUUCACGGGCGACGCCGCGAUGCGCGGCGCCGCGCUCGUUGCGUGCUUCCCGCGCACGGGCCGCACGCACCAAAUCAGGGUCCACCUGCAACACCUGGGCCACGCGAUUGUCGGCGACGACCUCUACGGCGUGAUGGGGGACUUCAUGCCGCGCCAGGCGCUGCACGCGCACCGGCUCGGGCUGCUCCACCCCGUGACGCAGGCCCCGCUGGACCUGACCGCGAGUCCCCCGGCGGACAUGGUGCGCGCCAUGGGGGUGUUCGGGCUCGACGCGGGGGCCAUCGAGACGGCGCCGCUGCGCGGCGCUGCGGAGUGA